AUGCUGUGGCAAAGUUGUUCAAACUUUUCUCCAAACGCUGUGGUAAUUAUCUCCAUUGCUCUUUUGCUGUGUCUAUUUUUCACAGAGGAGGAGAGACACUUGCGAGCUAAUGACAGGCACUUCAACCUGUCUUUCCACUAUGCUAACAAUGCCAUCAAGACCUCCAAGUACAACAUUGUCACCUUCCUGCCUCUUAACCUCUUUGAGCAGUUCAGGAGGCUCGCCAAUGCCUACUUUCUCUUCCUCAUGAUCCUUCAGCUCUUUCCUCAAAUCUCCUCCAUCGCUUGGUACAGUACUGCUGUCCCUCUUGUUUUAAUCCUCUCUAUCACAGCUGUAAAAGACGCCAACGAUGACAUAAGCAGACAUAAAAGUGACAAUCAAGUGAACAACCGCACUGUGAGCGUCCUAAUCGAUGGAGAACUUAAAGAAAAUAAAUGGAAAAAUGUUCAGGUUGGAGACAUAAUCAAACUUGAGAACAAUCAGUUUGUCACAGCAGAUCUUCUGUUGUUGUCCAGUAGUGAGCCCCUCAAUCUGGUCUAUGUAGACACAGCUGAAUUAGAUGGUGAAACCAAUCUGAAGGUGAAGCAGGCCCUUACUGUCACUGGAGAGAUGGGGGACUUUACUGAAGCACUGGCUGCCUUCAAAGGUGAAUUGCGUUGUGAGCCUCCCAACAACCGACUGGACAAGUUUAGAGGAACUCUGACUGUCCAUGAUCAAACUUAUGCUUUGGACAACGACAAGAUGCUGCUCCGAGGAUGCACUCUAAGGAACACAGAGUGGUGCUUUGGACUGGUUAUCUAUGGAGGUCCUGACACCAAGUUGAUGCAAAACAGUGGAAAGACGAUAUUUAAGCGGACGAGUCUUGAUGUCUUAAUGAAUGUGCUGGUGUUGUGUAUAUUUGGCUUCCUGGUGACUCUGUGCAGCAUUAUGUCCAUCAGUAAUGCGAUCUGGGAGGCUAGGGAGGGAUCAAUGUUCACUGUUUUCCUUCCUCAUGAUCCAGGGGUUGAUGUGAGCCUCGUAAUCUUCCGCAUAUUCUGGUCCUAUGUUAUCGUCCUCAACACAUUUGUGCCAAUGUCACUGUAUAUCAGUGUGGAACUCUUCCGCCUGGGGAAUAGCUUUUACAUAGACUGGGACAGGAAGAUGUAUUACCCCAAGAAUGACACUCCUGCCAAGGCAAGGACCACCACACUUAGCGAGGAGCUGGGCCAGAUCAAAUACAUCUUCAGUGACAAGACAGGCACCCUGACGCAGAACAUCAUGACUUUUAACAAGUGCUCUAUCAAUGGAAAAGCUUAUGGUGAGCUGUAUGACUUUUCUGGACAAAGGGUGGAAAUUACAGAGAGGACAGAGAAAGUGGACUUCUCAUGGAACCAGCUGGCUGAUCCAAAGUUUACCUUUCAUGACCAUAGUCUGGUAAAGACGAUGAGCGAGGGAAAUCUGGAGGCUCAUGCCUUCUUCCGCUUGUUGGCUCUGUGCCACACAGUCAUGCCUGAGGAAAAGGAGGAGGGAGAGCUCAACUAUCAAGCUCAGUCUCCUGAUGAGGGCGCUCUGGUGACUGCAGCGAGAAACUUUGGCUUUGUGUUCCGCUCACGCACACCAGAGACCAUUACAGUCUGGGAGAUGGGUAAACAAGUGAUCUACGAACUUCUGGCUGUUCUUGACUUCAAUAACGUCCGCAAGAGAAUGUCAGUGAUCGUGAGAACUCCUGAGGGGAAGUUGACUCUUUUCUGCAAAGGAGCAGACACCAUCAUCUUUGAAAGGCUACACCCCUCUUGUAACACACUGAAGGAAGUAACCACCUGGCAUCUCAAUGGGUAUGCAGGUGAAGGCCUCCGUACACUUGUUCUGGCCUACAAAGACUUGGAUGAGAGUUUUACGGAGGAGUGGCAAAAGCGCCACCAUGAGGCCAGCACUGCUUUGGAAGGCCGAGAGGAGAAACUUGAAGAGCUAUAUGAAGAGAUAGAGAAAGAUCUGCUGCUUCUCGGAGCUACAGCUGUCGAAGAUAAGCUACAGGACGGCGUGCCGCAGACCAUUGAGCAACUUGCUAAAGCUGACAUAAAAAUCUGGGUGUUGACUGGAGACAAACAGGAGACGGCAGAGAAUAUUGGCUACUCCUGCAACAUGCUAAGAGAGGGGAUGAAGGAUAUUUUCAUUGUGUCAGCAAACACAGCUGAAGGAGUCAAAGAGGAGCUACAAAGUGCAAGAAGAAAAAUGUGUCGUGAAUCUGCAAAUGAGCCGUCAGUGAUAAAGUCUCGUGCAGGUCUGUUCUGGCUUGAGAAGACUGAGACUGUGCACGAUGAGAUGGUGGAUGGAGAAUACGGCCUUAUUAUAAAUGGGCACAGUCUGGCCUUUGCUUUGGAGAAGAGCUUGCGCCUGGAGCUGCUUAGGACAGCUUGUAUGUGUCAGACAGUGAUUUGCUGCAGGGUGACUCCUCUGCAGAAGGCCCAGGUGGUUCAGCUGGUCAAGAAAUAUAAGCAGGCUGUUACUCUGGCUAUUGGGGAUGGGGCUAAUGAUGUCAGCAUGAUCAAAGCUGCUCAUAUAGGUGUGGGCAUCAGCGGUCAGGAGGGCAUGCAGGCCGUUCUCUCCAGCGACUUCUCCUUUGCCCAGUUCCGUUAUCUUCAGCGCCUCCUGUUGGUGCACGGUCGCUGGUCCUACCUGCGUAUGUGCAAGUUUCUUCGUUAUUUCUUUUACAAGAACUUCACCUUCACCUUUGUGCAAUUCUGGUAUGCCUUCUUCUGCGGCUUCUCUGCACAGAGUCUGUACGAUGACUGGUUUGUCACCUUGUACAACACAGUAUACACAGCACUUCCAGUCCUUGGCUUGGGUCUCUUUGAUCAGGAUGUGAAUGACGACUGGAGCUGUCAUUAUCCUCAGCUCUACACUCCAGGCCAUUUAAAUCAGUCCUUCAGUAAGAAGGUCUUUGUACGCUGUCUGGUGCACGGCUGCCUCAGCUCGCUCAUCCUCUUCUUGAUACCCUGGGCCACCAUGAAUGACGCAGUACGAGAUGAUGGCAAGGACAUUGCUAACUAUCAGUCCUUUGCUUUAUUGGCACAGACCUGUCUUCUGGUUGUGGUAAAUCUACAGCUGUGUCUGGACACUCAUUAUUGGACAGCAAUAAACCAGUUCUUUGUAUGGGGGAGUCUGACUGCUUAUUUUAUCAUCACAUUCGCCAUGUACAGCAAUGGCAUGUUUAUCAUCUUUACCUCCACUUUCCCCUUUAUUGGUACAGCAAGGAACACUCUGAACCAGCCAAUCGCAUGGCUGACCAUUUUUUUGACUUCUCUUCUCUGUAUUCUGCCUGUGGUGGCUUUGCGCUUUUUUCUCAUUCAGCUCCGACCAACAAUCAGUGACAAGGUGAGAUAUAAAAUGCAGAAUGAGGCAUUACCAGCUCCUGCACCUUGCCGCCCACUGGUCAGACGUAUCAGCACUCGUUCUAGCUACGCCUUCUCACACACCCAGGGAUAUGGUGAUCUGGUGACAUCUCGCAAGUUCCUGCAGAAACUACGGAGGAGUCGACCAGCCCUGUUCACCCAGACAGACUCUCCUUUGGUAGAGAACCUGCCCCAACAUUACCGUACCAUCAAAGAGGAGCUAUAG